UUACAUGUUUCGGCAAUUCCUCCCGAGACACCGUCGUCUCCGUCGCCGUAGACGGAGGUUCCGGCGGCCUAUGUCACAAUCCGGCGACAAUUCCGCCGAACAUUACGACGGCGGAGGCGGCGUGGCUUAGCUCAUUUGAUAAGGAGCAGAGUAAACAUGCAAUUGUGGUGGCUGCCGCCACUGCUGCGGCAGCGGACGCCGUCGUCGCCGCUGCACAUGUGGCGGCCGCGGUGGUGAGGUUGGCCAGUCAAAAUAGAGGAAAUGGUGCUGCUAUGAAAGUUCAAACGGUGUUUCGUGGUUUUUUGGCAAAAAAGGCAUUAAGAGCAUUAAAAGGAUUAGUAAAAUUACAAGCAUUGGUUAGGGGUUAUUUGGUGAGAAAACAAGCAAGUGCCACACUUCAUGGUAUGCAAGCAUUAAUGAGAGCACAAGCAAGUGUACGUGGUAAAAAAUGCUUCAUUAAAAAUCAAAAUUCACAACUUCAUCAUGCAAGAAAAUCACUUGUAAGAUCCUUAAUCCUAUACUCUAUGAUCUUAUUAUAUGUGUAUAUACAUAUUUUAAUUUAUUUGGAAGGAGGGUCUUGGGACGACGGCGAAAAGUUGUUUUUGUGUGUCUUAUAGGUCACAAGGCUUGAAUAGUGGAAGAAGUCAACAAUGUGCAUUAGGAUAGGUUGUCUAUAUCGGGUGCGGUCUUUUUUGAACCCUGUGUGAACAUGAAAUACUUUAAAAGAGAGUCUUAGAGCAACGACAAAAGUUGUGUCCGUGUAUGUUAUAAGUCAAAAAGCUCGAAUAGUGGAAGAAUCCAACAAUGCAUUAGGAUAGGUUGUAUAUAUAUCACACUAUUGGGGUGCGGACCAGACCUUUCUGAACCCUGUGUGAACAUACUUUAAAGGAGAGUCUUGGAGCAACGACAAAAGUUGCUUCUGUGUGUCUUAUAGGCCACAAUGCUCGAACAGUGGAAGAAGCCACCGAUGCAUUAGGUAGGUUGUAUAUAUAUAACACUCUUGGGGUGUGGCCCUUUCUGAAACCCUGUGUGAACAUGGAUUA